AUGGCACCGGAGUGGGUUUACAACCUAUCAAUCACGUCCAAGGUUGAUGUGUACAGCUAUGGGAUUGUACUGCUAGAGAUGGUCACAGGGCGGAGCCCUGGGGGAGGUGUGCUAGAUACCAGCGCUGGAGGCGAGACAGAGAACCGAGGGCUGACUUCUUGGGUGAAACAAAAGAUGAGCGGAGAAGUUCCAACGGCGACAAGGAUCGAAGAGAUCGUUGAUCACUCCAUAGAAGGUGGAUAUGAUGUGAAGAAGGUCGAGGUUCUGGUCGCAGUGGCCCUUCAACCAGGCCUUAUUGGUCGCAGAAUUAAUCUUUGCACCCGGUGUCCUUAUUGGAGCAUAUUGAGUCCGGAAUUCCUUAUCAACCAAGCAGCACCUGCUGGUUGA